AUGGCGGGGUGCCGUCCUGGGCCUUCGGCUCCCGGGGCCGAUGGCGAGAGCGAGCAGGCGCCGCUUGCGCCGCUCGCUGGGAGGAGGCAGCGUGUCCGGGAGCGAUUGUCCGCUUUGAGCAUGUGGCUGACAGUGAAGACCGAGCCGUCGAAUUCCGGUGGCACGGCCGGCUCUGCAGCCCAUGCCAGAGAGGCCCAGGCCCCUCCCUCAGCCCCGGGCUCCCCAGUCUCGGCGCGUGCGUCCUUGGAGACUCCACCGGCAUCUCCCGCGUCGGACCCGGAGGCACUUUGGCAGGAUCUUUGGGAAUCCAUCAGUGCCAGUGGCUUCCGAGAUGAGCGCAGUGCCAUGUCCCAUGCAUGUGAGAUGUGGCGGCGUCCUUCAAAGAAGAGCUUUUGGUCGAGAUUCGCCCGAGCUGGUCCUUCUCAGGCACAGCAUAGGGAUUGGGAGCGAGUGAGCAUGGCUGUGCGCGCUGGAGUCCCGCAAGCCUUGCGAUGUGCUGUUUGGACGACCUGCAGCGGUGCUGCCGGGAAGAAGACCAAAGUGGCUUCCGAGCUCGGCCAAGAGGCGGACGCGCUGUAUCCGUCCUUCGUAUCGCAGGGCUUGAACUUGCGAAAUGAAGCUUCGGGGGUCAUCGAUGUUGACGUCCCGCGUACAGGCUGUGUAGAAGCACUGCUGGAACCCCUGCGCCGGGUUUUGCUGGCCUUUGCCGCAAAGAACCCCCAAAUAGGAUACUGCCAGUCCAUGAACUUCAUUGUGGCAACCCUUCUCGAGUGCUGCGACGAGGAGAGCGCGUUUUGGAUUCUGUGCAGCCUUGUGGAGGACAUGCUCCCGGAGAACUAUUACACGCGGAACAUGAUCGGUGUUCGUGUUGACAUGAUGGUGCUCAACUCCUUAGUGAUGCGCCACCUCCCAACUCUACACGCGCACUUCCUUCAGCAUGAAGUCGACCUUUCGCCCGUCACAAUGGGCUGGUUCCUGUGUUUGUACGUGAACACAUUACCGAAUCCCAGCCUGCACCGGGUGCUGGAUUCUCUACUCCACGAGGGGUCGAAGGUCCUCUUCCGAACUGCGCUUGCCAUCCUUCAUGGCUUGGAACCUCAAUUACUGAAUGCUCAAAGCUUGGCAAAAGUCUACGAGGUCUUGCGAAGCCCAGCAUGCCCUGAGGCGGAGCUGCUAAACACCAUGUAUGGAUCCUGGCUAAACUGUCUCUCCAUGGAUUCCGUGGUUGACCUUCGGAGUCAGCACCUGAAGGAUGUUCUCGAGCAGGAUGCCAUGGUGGAGGCCCGGCGCGCAGAGCUGCGAGCACGCCGCGAGAGCGACGGCCCAGGCCCAGGUCUGGUGGUGCCGAUCGAUACUGGUAGCGAUGAAUCCUUGUCACCCCUGAGGAACUUAGAAAGUUUCCCGAAGAUGGCUCCGGCGGCACGCGGCAGAGAACGUGGCCAGUUUGCCAAGGGCUUCCUUGCCACCCUACUGGUUGCGGCCCUGUGGGCCGCGAGCAGUGCAGUCUCAGGUGCCGUUACCUUUGUGACCGGCGCAGUUCGGAGUACACCCGAUGCUCGCAGCCUUGUCGCUCGAGAGGGUGGUCGCGACUGGCAUGCGGGUAACGUGAUGAAGAAGAUUGAUUUCAAGGCAGCAGCAGCGCAAGCUCAAGCGCGCAAAAAGAAGAAGGCAGAGAAGGGUGACGGCAAGAAGGAGGUCAUCGAGCGACCCAAGCGCUUCGAGUCCAGCCCUGUCUACUACAAGGGAGAGCAGGUCGCCACGCUGAACGGCACCAUGUCGGAGUUCAAGGUCGACAUCUGGAGCGGUGCUCACCCUGCAUGGCAGGGCAAGAAGGGCAAGGUUCUCCUUGACAACUCUGCGCUCACGAAGUUCCAGGAAAAGUUCGGAAUGGCGGCAGAUGUCUAUGGUGAGCAAGGAAUGGAGCAGGUGAAGGCAAACGAGGAGCUGAAGAAGAAGCAGGAGGAUGGGAUGCUUCCAGACACGGCAAUCGAUUGUCUCCCUCUGCCAACGCCCUACGCGCCCUGCACCGAUUUUCAAGCGGAUCUGGUCAUCGGCUUCUCAGACUUGGAAAAUGCUCUUUUAGCUUCGGAAGCUGAAGAUGAGCACACGGGGAAGCUUGCCAAGAGGCAAGGCCUCAAGGGGCAAGCAGAAGCAGAAGCCUCACUCUGGGAAGCCAGGAAUGGUUUCAAGAAGAGCGCGAAAGGAACCGGUAAGGGCAAAUCGAAGGCUAGCAAAGGAGAGAAAGAUGUGAAGGCAGAGAACAGAGGGGUGAAGCGAAAGGCAGAAGACGAGCAGAAAGAAGAAGAGCAGAAGCAGGGCAAGAAGGUGCUGACGCCGAAGAAAAAGCGAAAGCUAGAGGUCACCAAGCUGUACGGUGAGUUGAUCAAUCCAGGGAGGACGAGGAAUGCUGAGGUCGUCGUCAACGACAUUCUUGAGAUUCUUCGAAAACGCACUUCCAACAAGCUCGCUGACUACUGUUCUACAAACGUCGGCGCGCGUGUCAUAGAGGCAUGCCUGAAAUGGGGAAGCAAGCCCCAGAGGCGAGAGCUGCUGACGCACUUCAAGGAGAGCCUCCCGAAGAUGGCACAAGACCGCUACGGGCAUCAGGUUGUUUUAAAGUUGCUGCUCUACUCCUCCAAGACCUCUACAUCAAGGAAGCCUACGGAAGAGGAGAGAAAGGCCCAGUUGAAGAAUCUGAGGGAGAUCUUGGAUCAAUUCACCGGUAAGAAUCUGCAUGCCACCUUCUAUCACCGCUUCGGCUGUAAGGUCAUCAAUGGCAUUUACUUCUCCACGGCCGUCAGAGCCGCCGACAAACGGAGGAUACUUCACAGCAUAGCCGUUCCACAGGCAGUGGCGUUGCUCCGGCCCGAACUGCCCAGCAGCAAGCCGUUGCGGCAGUUGCUCCAUGCGGAGGACCUCACAGAGCAACACAGGAAAGACAUCGCACAACAUCUCGAAGAAGCUGUCGAGAAGGCUGUCGAGAAGGAGCUUCUCGGCUACGACAUUGUGCACCUGCUCUUUCAGGCGGUGUGCGAAGUCGCCUCCGAUUCGCAGUUGACUCAGCUGGCGGAGCAGUGCAUGGACGGCGCCGCGUACCUGCUUUCCUCUAAGCCUGGUGCAGAGGCCUUGUUGAGACUCCUCGGUGUGGCGAAUGCCAAGCAAAGAAAGGCAUUCUGCAAGGAUUUGAAAGGCAAGUUCGCCCCCUUGGCAAUGAAUUCCGUGGAUUACGUGGUCAUGAUUCGCCUUGCCACAACCGUGGAUGACACGGUGAUGCUCUCGAAGACCAUGAUAGCUGAGUGGACCAAGGACAUGGCCGACCUUUGCUUUGACAAGUACGGUCACAAAGUCUUGGCCUGGAUCCUUCAGCCAAAUGACAAGCACCUUUUCUCCCCCUACGAGUGCCAGUGCGCCGCCCUACCGUCGCCCACGUCGUUGAAGGCCGCCGAGACCCGGCGCCAGGAGCUUCUGCGGCAUCUGAAGCCGGCCGUCUGCAGCGCUUUGCUCAAGGCCCCACUGAAGGCUGCGGGUGACAAGUAUGCGAAGGACCUCCUCGCCGCUUAUCUGGCAGCCGAUUGGGAUCAGAAGCUCGUGGAGGCUCUUCUGGCAUCCGCUCAGAAGGAGGCCUCUGGCGAGGACCUGGGCUCGAUGAACGACGGCACGGUGGUCAACACCUUUCUUGUCUUGAUGAAGCUCGAUCCGGACAAGGGGAAGAAGCUGGCGCAACCCCUGUGGGAACGAUGUCUGCAGUCCCAGUUGGUCAAGGCUAGCACCAGCCGCUGCUCCUUCUUGCUCCUCGCCAUGCUGAAAAGUGGCGAUGAUCUGAAGCGGUCGAUUCUUGCGGCCGUGAGGGCCAAGAAGGAAGCUAUCGAGAAGGCCGUGUCGUCUGCCGAGGCAUCGGGCCUCCAAGUCGCCGGAGCUCGGAAACUCCUGGCUGAGGUUUAG